AGUUGGUGUCACCGCGGUGGCAGUUGUCCGCGAGCAGUGCAAUGUGCCGGAUCGUCUAAGCUGAAACACGGGAGAACGGCCUGGGACGGGAACCUGUUACCGAAGGGAUUCUGAGGGAGAGGGAUUCGUGAGUGAGUGAGGGUGUUGAUGAGAAUUUCGCUUUCGCGCGUGGAUUGCAAGUCCUUUACGGUAACGGAAGGAUAUUCUGAAGAGAAUCAUCUGCGAGAAGAAUCUGCCAAGAGUGUAAAAGGAGGGAUGUGAGCGAAAAAAAGUUAUUGAAUUAUCCGCAUAUCACUCUGGGGAUGGUGUAUAGUUAAAGUAAGUGUGGGGACCGCUAGGAUACGCUUCCGGUGCGAGAUGUCCUUGCGAGAGUAAUAAGUUCGAAGCAGAUGCUGCGAAAUUGUAAAGUGUGCUGAAGUAGGAAAUUUUUUGGUGAACGGAAGGGGAAAUUGCGUUUUUCUUUCGCGUGAUACCCGCAGGAUAUCUGUGUAAAGUGUGCAAAAGGAUUCGCGUGUCACAAAGGAUCCACUCACGGUUACGUGAUACUGCUCUUACGGGGAAGAAACGAAGAUUUCGUUAAUUUACUUUCGCAGAAAGAAACCAAAGCCCAAGGAUCGCAGCAGAGCAGUGUGUAAACAUGAUGAUUGAGUUUGUACAAUCAGCUUCAUCAACGGAACACUCCGUCGUGGGAGUUGCACGACUUCCGGGAAAAGGUUACGCGCGAAACCGAUGUCAGCUAGCGGUGUUUGUCGCAGCGUAAUUCACGGAAUCACUAGUCAAUAUCGGUGAAGAUCAAACGGGGCUACAAGUUUUCCUAAAGUGGUUCAUUAAAAAAGUUUUACGCGCGCGCUCUGUUCGUUACACGCGUAAGGAAGAGUAAUUAGUUUAAGUUAUUUAUUGAAUAUUUAAAUUAUUUAAAUUAUUAAUUACACUGUAAGAGCCAACCGAGAACCGUGACCAUGGAAAAGAAGCUUACUGCGGCUUACCUGGUGGUCGUCCUAUUGGUCACAGCGGGCAGUGUCGAGGGUGGCCGAUUCGGACUGCUUGGCGGACAGGUGGCGCCCAUAGAGGUCAUAGAGGAGUGGGGCUGUUACGACACGGAAAUUCGGCUAACGUGCGGAAACCUCGAGUCCAGGGUAGCGAUACUGGAGGCCAAAUUCACACCUCGGUGCGCCGACGAACGCGCCGAGGACUGUGUGCACGUGGACGAAAUCAGUAUGACGCGUUCGUUUUCAUCGCAGAAGGUGGACCGGCUAGCCCUGGAGGAGAAGGAAGCUGGCCAGCGCUUUCUGCAGACUCUUCGCCGGGCCCACGAGCACGAUAAGGAAUCGACGCCGUCGGUCGGUGCGGUACAGUCGCCGGCUGGCGAGGGUGAUGCUCCGGUUCGCACCAAGAUCAAGGACAAACGCAGCUCGUUGAGAGUAACGUUGGAACAUUUAAUUGUACGGUACUUGCGAAGAAUUACCAGUAGUGAUGAGGAAGAGGACGGUGCAGGUCAGGAAUCGACCUCGAUGAGGUACCGUCGCCAGGUGACCGGGUACGAUGGGAACGGGACGGAAAACGCGACGGAACUGGUGCCCGGAAAUGAGGGACCGGACAGCUCGGUUGAGAUCACACUGCUCACUAAUGAUACCGAGGUUGGGAACGAUAGUGUUGGGUGGGGUUACCCGGCAACGCCGACGACCGGGGAAAGUGCAGUGGAAAGUGUCAACACCCAAACCGCCGCCGCCGGGGUCGUCACGUCGGAAAGUGAGAAAAAUUCCAGAAUGGUCAACGACGACGACGACCCGGGUGACAGUGAUGAAGAACGAGUGAGUGAUGAGCAGGAAGAUUACGGCAAGGGACACAGCAAGAAGAAAGUUUGCACCAGCAUUCGCAAGCGAAUCGCUCAGUUGGAUCGGUUCGAGCUGCAGAAAUCGCUGCGGAACGAUUCCUUCCGGGAGUACAACAUUCGCAACGCCCUCAACUACAGAUGUUCCGGCAAAAACCACUGCAGCUUCGUAUUUGCCCAGGACCACCCUUAUGCGGUGGUCUGGAAGGAAGGGACCGUACGUGUGAAAUACAUCUGUAUGGACGAUUUCCGCAUCAGCAAGUACUGCGAGGAGCACUUAAUUAUCGGCAGCGAGAACCGGUGGGACCGGCGCCGCAACAACCCGCGGUCAUCGUCCUCAUCCUCCUCAUCCUCCACAGUGGAGCGCGAUAUUUCCGGCGGUAAUGACGACGACCAGCAGACGGGCAAGUCGGCCAACCUCGUCGUUGCCGGGGACGAGCCUCGGGCGGGCUUUACAGACGACCGUGAAGAGUACCCCGAGUACGAGUACGAUGACCGAGACGAGGAGGAAACUGAGGAGGAGGAAGAACAGGAGCAGGAAGAGCGAGAGCAAGACUACGCCGACGACGGACCGCGGGGGGAACCCAGGGCGGAAGCAUUGCAACAGCCACAGCCGGUGCAACAGUCGAGUCAGCAGCAGCAGCAACAGCAGCAGAUGCAUUCGUUUCAUAAUUUGAAAAUCCUGAAAACGUUUUCCGGGCCGGAAUCCGACGACGUUGCCGCCGUUCAAGCGACGCUUAAUGAAACGGAAAAAGAGCGGUUACAGCUGGAGGUGGAAGCGGCCAACCGGAAACGGCAGCGCCAGAAGGUGUUUUCGCAGGACUUUCGCGUGCUCAAGAUCCUCCCCAGCAACCUGGACCAGAUCGAGGACAUCAAGCAGAUCGGCAACGAGUACUACUUCAAGAAGGACGUCGAAGUGGUGGACGACGCAGAGAACGAAAUCGUUCCACCGUCCGCCACCAAAAACGACACCAACAACCAGUUCACGGAAACGCUCGACAUUGUGGUCCUGCCGGCUCCGACGACCAAGGACGCUGACGUGUACGAAAGUGAGCUUGACCUGCCGGUGGACAGCAAAACCACAGUCAACGUGAUAGAGCUAGCAACUCCGACUGUAGUGACCGGACAGGAGCCGACGCUCUCAACGGUCAUUGCUCAGCUAGACGUCAACCAGACGGGAUCGACGGCCAGCGCGUCCACGCCCGCGCUGACCACGCUGGGCAAUCCACGUGGUGAGCCGACGCCCGGCGUCGAGUCGAACGAAAUCGAGGGCGAUUUAAAACCCAACAAAAGUAGUGGCGAGGACGGUUUUAGUUUUAACAAUAGGACUUUUAAGAAAAUUCAAGACACGGUGCUGGAAGAAAUCGGUGCAGGUCACAGCGAGGAACGGUACCCAGCAAGUUACGACGAUGACAGCGAGGACGACGAUCUGGAGGAUGACGACGAGGACGAUUACGAGGAGAGCGAAAAACGAGGCCAUAAAAAGUAUAUCAGUAUUCAGCGGACGCUUCUAAAGCACCCCCUCCGCCAGGGCUUCCUGAUGACGCCCGGCUACCCCAAGUACUACAUCGGGAACAGCGUCUGCCGGUGGACGCUGUACGCCAAGCGUUCCCAAAAGAUUAAGUUAACUAUCUUAGAUUUAGCGUUACGGUUAGAUGAACCGUGUAGAGAUUACCUAGAAAUCAGGGAUCUGAACACCAAUCAGACCCUGUUUAGCGGCUGCACCGAGAGCACGCGACCCAUCGAAGUGGUUAGCCUUCAGGAUCGCGUCGAGGUCAGUCUGCGAACUGCAACGCAGGUUGCAUAUCCAAAGCGAGGCGUGCUGAUACACUACUCAGCACUCGGCUGCGAGCCGCCGUCGCCGAUUCCGCCGCACAUGACGCUGGUCCGUCGGAGCGAGCGAAGAGUCCGGUACGUCUGUGAUCCCCUGUAUGUUUUCCCCGACACAGCUGAGCCCAGUCGUGAGUUGGUCUGCACCGCGAGACAGUGGAACCGACCGUUGCCGGCCUGUGUAGAAAAACGCGCCACCGAAGGAAGUGGACUAGUGUCUCAUUACGAGCAGAAGCGAAAGAUCAGUGAUUCCGACAGCAUGUCUGACAAACAGGCAGAUACCGUUUACGACAUCCUUAUUCCGUCGCUUGUAAUCGCCGCCCUAUUUAUCGUGAACGGCAUCGUGUUCGCGGUCAUUAUGCGCUACAGGAACAAGAGAAAACAACGCCUUGAACUAGACAGUAAGGAACUAGCAGAACUGUAAGCUCCCUCCCUCUCUCCUCGCAAGCGCUACAUCCCUCCAACCUUCCCGAAUCAUCACAUCUUGUCCAGCCAGCCAACAAAAGUCAAGAUAUGAGGAGAUGAGAAAAAAAAAUUGAAAGCAUGAAAGCAAAUACUCAACAAUGAUAAUGCAUGUACAAGAACAAUGAAGACACUCUGGAGCAAAGGAGAGUCAUUACCAUGAGAAAGGGAAACCAUCACCACCGCGUCACCAAAAUGCCAUACAAGUAGAAGGAGGAGAAGAAGCAGCAGCAGCAGCUCCGGAAGCGUUCGCCCUCUCAUCAAGUCGCACAUACACACAUUUCGCCCGUUUCAAAUGUUUGGCGCGCACACAGACGCCACACGGCUGCUCCGAGGUUGUACAAAACACAGAACAAAUCUAUUGUCUUUCUCGGUUCGCAAUUGUCUCACGUUUGUUGUGUGCACCGUCAAGGACAAGGACAUCGGCUUCCGGCGUGCCCCGAACCUCAAUUCCUCAACCCGCAAAUUACCAUAUCAUCCCACGCCACAGAAGGGCAACACACAUCAUCAUAAUCAUCAUCGGCAUAAUCAUCGCUAAGUGAGGUAAGUUUAAUCACAGUUCAAUUAUGCGACCGGAAGGAUUUGGGAACAAGUCCACAAAGCAAGCCAGAUAUUUUGUCGCUCCGCAGAGAGGAAAUUUGAAAGUCGUCGUAGUUUAUUAGCUUAGAAUUUGAGCAAAACCUAGUACCCUUUACACAGAACAAAAUACACACACACACACAAAACCCGUACACGGUAUCUAUUUUGCACGCUGAAAAAUUAUUAUAUACAAACAAAAAGUGAACAAGAAAAAAAUCUUAUAAUAUUAAAAGCAAAGAUAUAAUGCAAAACGAACAAACAAAUAUUUAUAUUGAGACGUCGUCGCUAACGAAUUUUGAUAACAACUCUUAUUUCCAAACCCCUGCGCAUUUAAAACGCUUUUUUCAAGUCACCGAGUAAAUGUCUUGCUUACUUUACACCCUUCCGUUCUUGCGAGCGAACCCCGGAGGGAACCAAAAUCAUAUUAAUCCUAGCCAAGAAAAAAAUAUUGAAAAAACGCUAAGAAUCUUGUAUUUUCUAAAUUUAUACAAAAAAAAAACUCAAAUCAAACCGCACGCGCGCUAUCAUUUACACCACCGCUUUUUGGAAAGGACGUAACAAAAAAACUGAAGAAAUAAACGGGAUCGAUGUUAGUACUGAAAAAAUGCUAUAUUUUCAAACAAAAAGCCAAAGAUUAGAUGUUAUUGCGCCGAAUGGGGCACACGCGCUUUCUAAAUAUCAACGUGGGAAUUGAAACCGAGAGAGAGACUUAACCUGCUCUGGUGGCAGAGUUUGAACAGUGAAACAAGCAAAAAACAAAAUAAAGGUAAUAGGGUAGGGCCAAGCGAUAUGUGAUUAAACACCGUUUAGCAGGAUUGACCAGCGAGAGAGCGAAGGGGGAGCGAAAACGUGGCGCACGAGCUAGCAUGCUAAUUUUUCGAAGGAAGAAAUGGAAUUAAAAGCCGCAAAAACCUAAUAUUGUUGUAGAUUUCACGGGCGGGGGUCGACCUUCGGAAGAAGGGAGAUGCGCGUCCUUUUUAAUUUUUUUUUCUCGAAGCAUUUUUUUUUGAAGUUGUUUUGUUUUGAAUCCUCUUACAAUUACUGUGCGAAAGCCUAUUAAUCCGUGGUUAUUUUCUUAAUUUUCUAAGGAAAUAUUUAUUUGUCUGAGCAAAUAUUGUACUUCCAUGCCAAAAUAAAAAGAAAAGAAAAAUAA